AUGGAUUGGACGACGGAAACCCCCAACACAGAACCGUCGUUGGUCACUGCAACGCCAUCGACCACCGAGUCGUUGGUGGAUCCUGCCAAGAUGAAGGUAGGAUAUUUUGGCAACGAAUUCCCCCACGAUGAUCUGCACGAUCUGUCUCGUCGGCUGUACAAUUGGAGCAAGGACAGACAACAUACCUUGUUGGCGACAUUCAUCAAUGAAGCCACCGCAGCCGUGCGGCAGGAAGUCCGCUUAUUGCCUGCUACAUUGAGGACUCUCAUCCCACCUUUCGAGACCAUCUUCAGUCUCGUCAGUCAUGCGGAUCUCCGUCAUGGUCCUCUGGGUGGAUGUAUCGAUGGCAUGCUACUAUGUGCAGUUCAACUGGCCACAUUCAUUGGAUACUAUGAAGAUAGCACCGAAGACACGUUCCACUGGCACAAUGCCGAUGCCUGCCUCGCCGGCUUGGGCACUGGUCUCCUGUCCACCGUUGCCGUGUCUGUCUCCCCCACAUUGGCUGACAUGCCAGUCACUGGAGCGGAGGUUGUCCGGAUGGCCUUCAGACUAGGCAUCUUGGUCCAUGAGGUUUCGCGAAUCCUGCAAGCUCCGACCUCUGACGGCGGCCCUGGGGAUAGCUGGGCCUAUGUUGUCCCGGAUGCUGUUGCGGACGACGUUCAGUCCGAGCUUGACGCCUUCCACGAUGCCAAGAAAACUCCUGAAUCAAGCAAGGUGUUCAUCAGUGCCCUGAGCCGAACCUCCGUAACUAUCAGCGGCCCACCAACUCGGCUCAAAGAUCUCUUCCUCGUUUCGGAUUACUUCCGCGACCGCCGAUUCGUGCCUCUACCGGUCUACGGGGGGCUAUGCCAUGCCAGCCAUGUAUACACCAAGGAGCAUGUUGACAGCAUCGUAAAUACCGAAUCCAGCAGUCUUGUCUCACUAGAUUCCCGGCUUGCACCGCGUGUGCCCAUAUUCGCCACCAGCAAUGGAAAGCCCUAUUCCGCGAAAACCGUGAGCGGCCUAUUCCGCAAUAUCGUCGAAGAGCUGCUCACUCAGCGCAUCGAGUGGGACAAUGUCAUCGAAGGGGUCAUCCAACAUGCUAAAUGCACGGCAGUUUCUGAGGCGUUGGUGUUGACGUUUCGAACAUCCCUGCCGGCCCGCGACUUGGUGGAAGCCCUGAACUCGGAGUCUCUUCCCUUCAAAGGACGGACGCAGGAUCUCGUGCCAUGGGUCACCAAGCCUCAGGCAGAGCCGCGAGGGCCGAGGGGUGCCCAGCAGGCAAAGAUCGCCAUUGUAGGAAUGUCUUGUCGGUUACCUGGAGGGGCCGAUGAUACUGGGAAGUUUUGGGAAAUUCUAAACCAAGGCCUUGAUGUGCAUAAAAAAGUCCCCGCUGACCGGUUCGAUGUCGAGACUCACUGUGAUCCUUCUGGAGAACGCCUGAAUACAAGUCUGACCCCAUAUGGCUGCUUCAUCGAUGAACCAGGACUAUUCGAUGCACCAUUCUUUAACAUGUCUCCGAGGGAGGCAGUGCAAACCGACCCCAUGCAGAGACUGGCAAUUGUCACUGCAUACGAAGCCCUGGAGCGUGCUGGUUAUGUGGCUAACCGGACGGCGUCCACUAAGUUGCAUCGAAUCGGGACCUUCUACGGACAGGCUAGUGAUGACUACCGCGAAGUCAAUACUGCUCAGGAAAUCGGGACUUAUUUCAUUACCGGGGGCUGCCGGGCGUUUGGCCCUGGUCGAAUCAACUACUUCUUCAAGUUUUCCGGACCAAGCUACAGUAUUGAUACGGCUUGUUCUUCUGGCUUGGCCACCAUUCAUGUUGCGUGUAAUUCUCUCUGGAAUGGUGAUACCGAUAUGGCAGUGGCAGGUGGAAUGAACGUGCUCACCAAUUCGGAUGCAUUUGCUGGGUUAAGCAAAGGCCACUUUCUCUCAAAAACGCCAAACGCAUGCAAGACAUGGGACUGCGAAGCCGAUGGGUACUGUCGAGCAGAUGGUGUUGCCACUGUUAUUAUGAAACGCCUGGAAGACGCCGAGGCCGAUAAUGAUAAUAUCCUGGGUGUCAUCCUCGCUGCUGGAACGAACCACUCCGCCAACGCUGUUUCUAUUACCCACCCCCACGCUGGGCACCAGGCAGACUUGACCAGAGAGAUUCUAUCCAAAGCCGCUAUCGAUCCGCUUGAUGUUUCCUAUGUAGAGAUGCAUGGGACAGGUACGCAGGCAGGUGAUGCACAGGAGAUCCAGUCAGUCGUCGACGUAUUUGCUCCUUUAUCAAGCACAAAACGUCGAGCUACAAAGCAGCCACUAUACAUCGGGGCUGUCAAGGCCAAUGUUGGUCACGGUGAGGCCGUGGCUGGCUCAACAGCAUUACUCAAGGUGCUGCUGAUGUUGCAAAAAAAGACCAUCCCGCCGCACGUGGGCAUCAAGAACGCCAUCAACCCGGGUUUUCCCAAGGACCUUGAUAAAAGAAACCUUCAUAUCGCUUACCACCGGGGCAACACAAGUAUUGUUCUUGAAGAAGGACCAGUGCGGUCGAUUCAGGAUAGCGACAAAGACACUCGUCCAAUGCAUGUUGUUGCCGUGUCAGCCAAGAGCAAGGUUUCAUUGAAGGGCAAUCUGCAGCGUCUGAUACAUUACCUCGAGGCGAACCCAGAUGUCUCACUUACCCAUCUGGGAUACACAACGACCGCACGGCGCCAUCACCACAACCACAGAAUAGCAGUGUCCACGUCGGCUGUUCCUCACUUGGUGCGCCAGUUGAACUCGCAUCUCCAGUCAGCCGACACUCACAAACCUAUUCCCUCAACUGGAGCCCCGCCUGUUGUUUUUGUUUUCACUGGCCAAGGGGCGGCCCAUCGGUCUAUGAACCUGGAACUCUUCCGUGAUUCGCCUUGUUUUCGAUCACAAAUGUUGUAUCUCGACUCGCUCUGCCAGUCUCAGGGGUUUCCUUCUAUCAUCCCUGCGGUUGAUGGGAGCUAUCCGCAGGAUCACACUCACCCGCCUACUGUCACUCAACUGGCACUUGUUUGUAUUGAGCUGGCGCUGGUAGCAUACUGGGAGUCUCUUGGGGUGCGACCUGAGGUCGUUGUCGGACAUAGCUUGGGCGAGUAUGCGGCCCUGCAUGUUGCAGGAGUGCUGUCUGCAGCGGACACGAUUUACCUCGUCGGCCAGCGGGCCCGGAUGCUGGAGAGGAAAUGCCAGAUCGGGAGCCACAAAAUGUUGGCAGUCCGUGCCGCACUCGACGAGGUGCAAUCAAAAGCGAAUGGAAAGCCAUUUGAGGUUGCCUGCCUGAAUGGACCGAAGGACACCGUACUGAGUGGGACGGUGAGUGAAAUGGAAGCUUUGGCUGAGGAGCUAGAGCAGUCGGGUCUCAAGUGCUACCAUUUAGAUGUGGCAUUUGCGUUCCAUUCUGCGCAGACAGACCCAAUUCUGCAGGAGUUGGAAGAAACCGCACAAACCGGAGUCUUGUUCCAACCUCCGAGACUACCAAUCAUUUCGCCCCUACUUGCUAAGGUUAUAUUCGACGAGAAGACAGUGAACGCCAAGUAUAUUUGCCGCGCAACACGGGAGACGGUCAAUUUUGUGGCUGCUGUGGAGAAAGCACUUGCUAUGUCAACGGUGGAUGAGACUAUGGUCUGGAUUGAGAUCGGCCCGCACCCAGUAUGCGUAGGGUUUGUACGGUCAAUCAUGUCCACUGUCAAUAUGACAGUACCGUCAUUCCGCCGCGGAGAGAAUAACUGGCAGACACUGUCCCAGAGCCUGGCUGCGGUGCACGCUGCAGGUGUAGAAGUGGACUGGAACGAAUUCCACCGUCCCUUCGAGCAUGGUCUGCGCCUGUUGGACAUACCCACUUAUGCAUGGAACAACAAAACAUACUGGCAUCAGUAUAAUGGUGACUGGGCGCUCACGAAAGGUAAUAAUUUCUAUGACUCCAAGAAAAAGUCGGCUGCGGCUGGGAGCCCUUUGGCUGCGGCGCCUGUUUCCAGCUUACGGACCUCAUUGGUUCAUCGGGUUAUUGAAGAGUCAUUCUCCGGCACAGCUGGAAAGGUCAUUGUGCAGUCGGAUAUGAUGCAGGCGGAUUUCCUGGCCGCUGCAUGGGGCCAUCAGAUGAAUGGAGCUGGUGUGGUGACUUCGUCCAUCCACGCCGACAUCGCAUGGACCCUGGGAAAGUACCUUUUGGAUUCCCUGAAGCCCAAUAGCAGGAAGAGUGUUGUUGACAUGGAAAUCUCCAACCUGGUUGUGCGCGAAGGCCUGGUGGCACAAAAGAACCGCAGCGUUCCUCAGCUCAUCCAGGUCUCCAUCUCGACGGCCGACGUCGACUCGGGCGUGGCCUAUCUGGAGUGGCAUAAUGUCACCAAUGACGGCGUCUCACUCGCCGAUCAGGAGCCUAUUGUGACGGCCCAGAUACGGUACGGCACGGCGGGCGACUAUCUUUCUUCUUGGGUGCCAGCCCUCCACCUCGUCCAAGGCCGCAUCGAGGCGCUUUCCCAAUUGGCGGACGAUGGCAUUGCCAACCGUCUAUCAAACAGCAUGGCUUACCUGCUCUUUGCUGACCGGUUGGUUGACUACGCUGACCGGUAUCGUGGCAUGCAGUCGGUGGUUCUGCACGGGCUGGAGGCCUUCGCCGACGUCAAGACCAAGCCAGACGAUGAAGGCGGCGUCUGGACAGUGCCACCAUUCUUCAUCGAUUCCGUCUGCCAUCUCGCUGGCUUCGUCAUGAACGUGUCAGACGCCAUCGACACCAAGAACAAUUUCUGUGUCACUCCUGGAUGGGGAUCGCUGCGCAUGGCGCGUCCGCUGGUCGCCGGUGGGAGGUACCGCUCCUAUGUAAAGAUGAUCCCUACUGCCGAGGAUCCGACGGUUUAUCUUGGGGAUGUCUAUGUGCUGGAGGGCGACGAGAUCAUCGGGGUCAUGCAAGGGAUGAAGUUCCGCCGCUAUCCCCGAGUAUUGCUCAACCGGUUUUUCACACCGGCAGAUAUCAAGAACCCUGCAUCUGGAUCCAUGUCUUGUGCAAAGGGUGCCAGGAGCAGCGCCCAGAGUACAAAGUCGCCAGCGAAUGUGGCAGAGUCGGUGCCGACACCAGCACCAGCACCAGUACCAGCUCCGGAGCCAGUCCCUGUGCAGAGAAAUAAGCAAGACACGGCUGCACCCCCCGUCGCCGCCUCAGACAGCACUGCAGCAAAGGCAUUGGACCUUGUGGCAGCCGAGGCAGCCAUUGAGCUUUCUGACUUGCAGGAUGAUGUCAGCUUUGCGAGUCUCGGGGUUGAUAGUCUGAUGAGUUUGGUUAUUGCAGAGAAGCUGCGUCAGCAGUUGGGGAUUACCGUGAGUGGGAGUCUAUUUUUGGAGUACCCGACUGUUCGAGACUUGCGUGUGUGGUUGGAUGAGUACUAUAGCUAGAUUGAGUAGCACCAUGAUAGAUUAUGUUAUUUGCGUGAUAUUUGUAAUCAACUUGCUCCGCAUGAAUCACGAGUAUGUGCUUUGUCAGAAAUGAGAGGCGUCAAGCUUUCAUCCAGGAAGAGUAAACCGGCAGGAGGAUCAAUCCCGAACGACGAGAAUGGUCUAAACAUGGGAGAAGGCACUUGAUGGUUCUAUGAGCACUAUGAAGGAGAUAAAAAGAAGCGCGGCGUGGCUGAGACAUGAGGGUCCAUUGAAAUAUAGGAGUACCAAAUCAUCCAGAUAUAUA